AAGAGGGCGGUUUGUCACGUGCCUCCGCUUCCCCUGGUGUGGCUGAACUCGGGAUUGUGCCUCGCGCUGUCAGAGUGUCAGAGAGGAGCCGAGCCUCAUCAGAGACGCACCAUCUGUUACUAACUGUAGGACGCAUGUUCCUGAUCUAAAGUUCCACAUCUCUUUUUUUCUGAGAUUGCAGUGAGUUUUUCCCCAUCCCGGUAGGAUAUUGGGAUUUUAAAAGGGAACACGCGGACAGGGCGAAGACAGAAGCGGCUGGCUUACGGAUUUUACUGGGGGAGAUACGAGAACGCGGAUGGAAUACCUGGGUUCGGGGAGUUCUGUGCGCGCGACACACUGGGAGUGAAGCUCACCUCACGGAUGGACUCUCCACACCGCGCUUCUCUCCGGUUCAGUCAUGACUGACAGUGAGGGAAGAGAACCGGAGGAGGAGGAGGAAGAGGAGGAGAGAGAGGAAGAGGAUGGGGUGAGUGUCCCUAUAGGAGGAGAGAAGGAGGAGUGUCGGGGAGAAACGUCGGGGGACAGGAAGGAAGAGGAGCUACCAUACCCCGCCCUCUCCUCUGUGGUUCUGUUCCGACUCAGCCAGACCACGCCCCCUCGCUGCUGGUGUCUCAAGGCUGUUUGUCACCCUUGGUUUGAGCGUGUCUCCAUGCUGGCUAUCCUGUUGAACUGUGUGACCUUGGGAAUGUUCCAGCCCUGUGAUGAUGUUCGCUGUCUUAGUCACCGCUGUUCUUUCCUACAGGCGCUGGAUGAUGGUAUAUUUGCGUUCUUUGCGUUGGAGAUGCUGGUCAAGAUGGUGGCGCUGGGUGUUCUGGGUCAGAAGGGUUAUCUUGGUGACACCUGGAACAGAUUGGACUUCUUCAUCGUUAUAGUUGGAAUGUUGGAAUAUUCUCUUGACGGACACAAUGUUAGCCUAUCAGCAAUCAGGACUGUCAGGGUGCUCCGCCCUCUACGAGCCAUCAACAGAGUUCCCAGUAUGCGUAUUCUGGUGACCCUGCUCCUGGACACCUUGCCCAUGCUGGGGAAUGUCCUGGCACUCUGCUUCUUCGUCUUCUUCAUCUUCGGCAUCGUCGGCGUGCAGCUGUGGGCGGGUCUACUGAGAAACAGGUGCUUCAUGGGAGAUGACUUUAGAACGGUUUACAACGUCUCUUUCCUGACUGCAUACUACAGACCAGAGGAGACAGAGGACUUCCCUUUCAUCUGUUCAACCAAUCGGGAGAACGGAAUGCUGAGGUGUUCUGAUGUUCCCCGGCGCCGAGUGGGACGGUCCUGGUGCAUGCUGGGGGUGGAAGGGGAGGGGCUAGCAGAGGGCCCUGGGCUUGCAGAUGGACCAAUAGGAAGAGGAUGUGUGAAUUGGCAUCAGUACUACAAUGUGUGCCGGGCCGGUGAACUGAACCCUCAUAAAGGAGCCAUCAACUUUGACAACAUUGGAUAUGCAUGGAUCGCAAUCUUCCAGGUGAUAACUCUGGAGGGUUGGGUGGACAUCAUGUACUACGUUAUGGACGCUCACUCUUUCUACAACUUCAUCUACUUCAUUUUCCUCAUCAUUGUGGGCUCGUUCUUCAUGCUGAACCUGUGUCUGGUCGUCAUAGCGACUCAGUUUUCAGAGACAAAGCAGCGUGAGAACGCCCUGAUGAAGUCUGAGCAACGGGCCCGCUACCUCAGUAACGCCUCCACGCUAGCGUCCUAUCAGGAGCCAGGGUCUUGCUACGAGGAAAUGCUGCGCUACAUCGGGCACCUGUACAGGAAGCUGAGCCGGCGGGUCUCCCGGGCAGUCACAGUCUGUUCCCAGAACAUGGCACCCAGAUUUUGUCCCUGCAGAACCCAAACAGCCAAGGGAGAGGUCAACGGACUGGCCAGUCGGCACUCAGGACACGCCCAUGAUGUCUUCCACCUUCAUCAUCAUCAUCAUCAUCAUCAUCAUCAUCAUUGUCCUCCGCCUCAUACUCUAUCUGACUGUGGGGGGGUGAGUAACGGGAGAGGUGGGAGGGGCCGAGGGUUAAACUACCCUUCUAUCUACUCCCACGACCUCUACAACCUGCCCCUGACCCCUUAUACUGGUCACAUGACCCCCAGGGGGAAGGGCCACACCAUCACUCCGGAGAUACCCCGCAAACUGCCGCAGCCUGUGUCGGAACAAGGUGUGUGUGACAGCAGUCUGACACUACCACUGUCAGGGUCGGAGUACCCGUGCCCCUAUUGUCUCCGUGACGACGGGCUUAGUGACAGUGACAGUGAACUUCCUGACUCCGAACGCGGUAACCAACGUGAUGGCAAACCAAACUCUCGCCAUAGAAACCAGAGCCCUCCCCGGGGUAACAGCCCUCUUCAUAUUGACGGACGGGCCCCAGGGCCAAUCGGGGGCCUUGUUGGGUGGGGGUGGGCGGAGCUGCAGUCCAGGUUGGAUCAGGUGGUGACCAGCAGGUACUUCAACAGAGGAAUCAUGAUGGCCAUCCUUAUCAAUACUCUCAGCAUGGGCAUCGAAUUCCACCAACAGCCUCAGGAGCUGACCGACAUCCUGGAGAUCAGUAAUCUUGUGUUCACCAGUAUGUUUGUUCUGGAGAUGCUGCUGAAGCUGUUGGCCUUUGGCCUAUUUGGUUACAUUAAGAACCCCUACAACAGCUUCGACAGCGUUAUAGUCAUCAUCAGUGUUUGGGAGAUAAUCGGGCAGGCAGACGGUGGCUUGUCGGUUCUACGUACGUUCCGUCUGCUGCGGGUUCUGAAGCUGGUCCGGUUCAUGCCGGCGCUGCGGAGACAGCUGGUGGUUCUGAUGAAGACUAUGGACAAUGUAGCCACCUUCUGCAUGCUGCUGAUGCUCUUCAUCUUCAUUUUCAGUAUCCUGGGCAUGCAUCUUUUUGGCUGUAAGUUUGGACUGAAGCUUGCAAAUGGAGACACCCUUCCAGACCGGAAGAACUUCGACUCGCUGCUCUGGGCUAUUGUUACUGUGUUCCAGAUCCUGACCCAGGAGGACUGGAACACGGUUCUCUAUAACGGCAUGGCCUCCACUACUCCAUUCGCUUCACUCUACUUUGUAGCUCUGAUGACGUUUGGCAACUAUGUCCUCUUCAACUUGCUGGUAGCCAUCCUGGUAGAGGGCUUUCAGGCAGAGGGUGAUGCUAACAGAUCAGAGGCUGAUGAUGAGAAACUGUCUACAUCCGAGGAAGAAAAGAUGAGAGAGCUGUAUACUGCAGAGUUAAAGGUUCAGGCAAUGAUGCUGACCCCCAAUGGCCUUCUGAACCCCCGAGCAUCCAUGCCCUUCUCGCCCACACAAUCACCAAUGCAACCCCCAGAGCAGCCGUCCCCAUGGCAACCUCCGCCGCUUAUCAUGCACACCAUUGCCACACCCACAACCUACAACAGCCAAUCACGACGGUGCAGCGCAAUCUCCACAGAAACAAGCAAUGCCUUGGACCCCAGGUCACCAUCUCCUUGGGAAAGUCGGCGCUCCAGUUGGUCUUCCAUUGGCCGAGGCAGAGGCCUGCAACAGAGGAGGAGCCAGUCAAGUGAACGUGAGUCCCUGCUGUCAGAAGGGGCGGGGUCAGAAUGGUCCAAUCCCAGCUGGGGGCGGAGCCGGGAGGAGUCUUUUGAUCUCCUAGGUCAGUCGGAGUACCUGACGGUGCCGAUGCUUCGCCCGACAGACUGUAACGGGACGGCCUGUCACACACCUGAUGGCUCCACCCUCUGUUACUACAGCGACCAGGAGGAAGAGGAGGAGGAGGACGACGAAGACGCCGAAGAGAGUGUGUGUGUGCAGGUGAAGCUGAUCCUGGAGCCAUUUAAACCCCAGUGGUGCCGGGACCAUGAGGACUGUUCUCUCUACGUUUUCUCCCCGCACAACAGGUUCCGUCGUUGCUGUCUAAGGGUGAUUGCCCAUAAGAUGUUUGAUCACAUCAUCCUCCUCUUCAUCUUCCUCAACUGCAUCACCAUUGCUCUGGAGAGGCCUGACAUCCAGCCAUACAGCACUGAGAGAGUGUUUCUCAGUGUUUCCAACCACAUCUUCACUGUGAUCUUUGUGGCAGAGAUGACCAUCAAGGUAGUAGCCCAAGGGCUAUAUGUCGGAGAAGGAGUUUAUCUGAAGAGCAGCUGGAAUGUUCUGGAUGGAAUGUUGGUGUUUGUGUCGCUGUUGGAUAUUGUGGUUUCCAUAGCAUCCGCCAGCAACAAUCGUAUCCUAGGAAUCCUCAGAGUACUACGAAUCCUCCGCACUCUGAGACCACUGAGGGUGAUCAGUCGAGCCCCGGGCCUGAAGCUGGUGGUGGAGACUCUCAUCACGUCCCUCAGACCCAUCGGCAACAUUGUCCUCAUCUGCUGUGCCUUCUUUAUCGUGUUUGGCAUUCUGGGAGUACAGCUCUUUAAAGGGAAGUUCUAUCACUGUGAGGGCAUGGACCUGAGGAACGUGACCAAUCGGACGGACUGUCUCCAGGCUGGUUACCGCUGGACACGACGCAAAUACAACUUUGAUAACCUUGGACAGGCCUUGAUGUCUCUGUUCGUCCUGUCAUCUAAAGACGGUUGGGUGAGCAUCAUGUAUGAUGGACUAGAUGCUGUUGGGGUGGACCAGCAGCCAGUGAGGAACCACAACCCGUGGAUGCUACUCUUCUUCAUCUCCUUUCUCCUCAUCGUCAGUUUCUUCGUCCUCAACAUGUUUGUGGGCGUGGUCGUGGAGAACUUCCACAAGUGUCGUCAGGACCAGGAGGAGGAGGAGGCGCGGGCCCGGGAGGAGAAAAGGGCCAAGAGAGCAGAGAAGAGGAGGAGAAAGGCCCAGGAGAGACCCUACUAUGCAGAUUACUCCCCAGUUCGUCUCAACAUUCACACAUUGUGCACCAGCCAUUACCUAGACCUCUUCAUCACCAUCAUCAUCGCUACCAAUGUCCUGACCAUGAGCAUGGAACACUACAACCAGUCCCAGUAUCUGGAGGAAGGACUGAAGUACUGCAACUAUGUGUUUACCUUGGUCUUUGUCAUUGAGACCACCCUGAAACUUGUUGCUUUCGGAUUAAGACGCUUCUUCAAGGAGAGGUGGAACCAGUUGGAUCUGGCCAUAGUUUUGUUGUCCAUCAUGGGCAUUACUCUGGAGGAAAUCGACCUGAAUGCAUCACUUCCCAUCAACCCCACCAUCAUACGCAUCAUGAGAGUGCUGAGGAUCGCUAGAGUGUUGAAACUGUUGAAGAUGGCUACAGGGAUGAGAGCUCUAUUGGACACUGUGGUUCAGGCUCUGCCCCAGGUGGGAAAUCUGGGUCUUCUCUUCAUGCUGCUGUUCUUCAUCUAUGCAGCACUGGGAGUCGAACUGUUCGGGAAACUGGAGUGUUCUGAAGAGAACCCGUGUGAGGGCCUGAGCCGUCACGCCACAUUCCAAAACUUUGGAAUGGCGUUCCUCACGCUGUUCCGCGUUUCCACGGGAGACAAUUGGAAUGGCAUCAUGAAGGACACGUUGCGUGAGUGUCGUUCUGAUGACCGCUCCUGUUUCACCUACCUGCCCCUGGUGUCGCCCCUCUACUUCGUGACCUUCGUCCUGACAGCGCAGUUCGUCCUGGUCAACGUGGUGGUGGCUGUGUUGAUGAAGCACCUGGAGGAGAGCAACAAGGAGGCACAGGAAGAGGCAGAGGAAGAGGCCAAAGAGGAAGAAGCACGGCAAGAGGAGGCCAGGCAAGAGGAGGCCAGGCAAGAGGAGGCGCGGCAGGAUGCCAGUCGUCGUUUUAGUGCAAUAUCAACUGAUGGGGCGGGGCUACGUCCAUCACCUGGACAGGUUGAAGAAGAGGAGGGUUGUCAUGAUAACCUGAAGACAGUGUUCCGACCAUCCCUGUCCCGCAUGAUGUCUCUGCCAAGUGACAGCUACAUGCUCCGCCCCCUACGUCCCCUCGGACACGCCCCAUACCCUCCCAUUGGCCAUGACACAUACGGAGUACAUGGUUACUCAGGUUCCAUUUCAUCCAAUGGUUCUAGCGGAGCAGGUUCCCUACUGCAGGUCCCGGGGGCUUUACCGUCGGGAAGCCGAGCCUCCCUAGUCUCCCGAGGCUCCAGCUGCAGACCCACAGUCAGGCUCAGCCCCGCCCACAGCAUAGACAGACACUCCCCCUCCAGGGGAAGACAUACCACCAGGAGACCAAGCCAUGACAACAGCAAGGAGAGACGAGCCUCGUAUUUCAGUAGUUCCUCCCAUAGUAUGGACAGUAGACACACCCCUUACAUUCAUAGCCCCUCCCAUAGUAUUGAUAGACACUCCUAUUACAUGCAUAGCCCUGCCCACAGAAUGGAUAAACACACCUCCUACAUCAAUAGCCCCUCCCACAGUAUGGACAGUGGACACAGACUCAGUCUUUCCUCCAGUAAAAGCAGACCCUCCCCUCACCUUGACAGACGUUCUUCCUGUAGACUUAGCCCCACCCACAGCAUGGACAGACACACCCUCAGCCGGCCGAAGUCCUCCCUGAGUGUGAGCAGACAGCUCAGGCGACAGGAAGCAGUGUGUCCUGACUCUGAAGACCUAUGCUGCAGUUCCAGCGACGAACUGCGGGGACGCUCUGUCGACAUCACGCAUCUCACUGUACCCAGCAUGCACUUCUCACCAAUACCUAGCCUGCCUCCUGGUGGCAACACACACCUGGACGUGCCCCAAUCAUCCUCUCCCCCUUGUACAGCCCGAGGACGCACACCAAGCCCACACACUCUCCCCCACUCACACACUGUACACACUCUCCGCCACUCACACACCCAGCGGGUGAUAUCCACCAAGGGACACUCCAGAAGCCACAGUGAUAGUGGGCCUCACCAGCCCAUCAGACCUGAGAACUCCAGCUCCUGGCAUCCUCCCUGCCCGGAAACAACCACAUCUCAGCCCACCAGCGCUCAACCCCCACAAAGCCCCCAAAGGACUCGAAGUACUGACGCCACCGAGCUCCAAAAUACUGAUUCAACAAGACUCCAAAAUUCUGACGGUACAAGGCUCCAAAGUACUGAUUCUACAAGGCUUCCAAGUACUGACUCUACGAGGCUCCAAAGUACUGACUCUACAAGGCUCCAAAGUACUGACUCGAUAAGGCUCAAAAAUACUGACUCUACAAGGCUCCAAAGUACUGAUUCUACAAGGCUCCCAAGUACUGACUCUACAAGGCUCCAAAGUACUGACUCUACGAGGCUCCAAAGUGCUGAUUCUACAAGGCUCCAAAAUUCUGACUCUACAAGGCUCCAAAAUACUGACUCUACAAGGCUCCAAAAUACUGACUCUGCAAGGCUCUGCACAGCCCAGAGGCCCGGCGCUGUCUUCCCCAUCUCCUCUCCCUCUACACCCCAGAGACCCUAUAUGAGCCCCAACACCAGUACUCAGACCUCUCCCCUUCUGGACGAUGAAGAUGACGAAGUCAGUCACAUCACUAGCUACACACACACACCUGAACACAGACGCUUUGUGUCCAGCUCCACACACACUCCUGAACACACAACCCAAGUGUCCAGCCCCACACACACUCCUGGCUCUGCCCAGCCCUACCGGUCCCUCAACACCUGCCUCUCAUUGGACGAGGACCAGAGGGUGUCACCGGUUCGAAAGCGGAACAAGAAGCAGAGGAUGAGCCCGCCCUGCAUCUCCAUAGCCCCGCCUUCGGAAGCCCAUGUUCCCACGGCGACCCAGUUAAUGGACAGCAGCAUGCAAUUGAGGAGGCGGACCCCAUCAUUUGACUCCACCUCUCAGAGAGACUCACUGGAUACAGAGCUACCAGAGACACGCCUUUCUGUCCCCUUCCUCCAAUUGGACACCAGCUCUAUAAGCAUUGCAGUGGAUUCUGUCCAAUCAGGUUGCUUGUUGUUGACGGGCAGAGAAUCAACCCUUGAAGGAGAGGGAAGAGAAGAGGGAGGAGCUAGGAACCCUCAGUCUCUGCUGGGAUUGACUCCCAACCCUCUCAGGAGGAGGAGCUUAGUGCGCAUGCUCAGCACACGUGAUGUGGAUGGGGAGGACCCUGAACCUUGACCUCUAACCCCAAAGAAACUUUCCGGAAUCUGUCCUCCCCCUACAGAGACUCUGGUGCUGCAGCAGGGUUUUGUUCCAACCCUGCUGGAACAUUACCAAUUCAGACAAUCAGCUAUUGAAAAGGACAACAUUGACUCCUAACCCCUUAACCCCCGACCCUCCUAAAACUGCUGUCUUGUAGCACCUCCCAUUAGGGACCUGUAGCCCCUCCCCACUGAAGUCAGAGUGUGACACCAUGGUACUGUAUGAUAUGCAAUAGGCCCCUCCCAACCCCCUCCCCCACACACUUCAUUGUUGGAAACUGUAUGUGUGUGUCUCACUCUCCCUUUGAGCUACUUAUAAACAUAGUAUCUAUGAAGGUGCAACAACAGAACCUUUGGAACACAGAACCUUCUAGAACACCUUUACCUUCCAAGUGACAGCAGAAUCCCUGGAACACAGAACCUUCUAGAAUGCCUCUACUGUUACCUACCAUUAGUUGACUUUUAGCCGUCACCUUUAACUAUCUUUGACCUGGCGUCGGCUCCAUGUUCUUUUAGAUGACGUCAGAGUGACACCAAACACUUUCUUUCUUCUGGAAGACCUGGGAUGACAUUUCACGUUUUGACCUUUAAACCUGAAGAAGUUUACUAUCACUGGAUCUAAUUACAUAAUCGUUAAACUUUGAACUUUAAUAUUUUAUCUACUGUUUGUCUCUUUCCUUCUUAUUGUACAGCUUUAGUUAUAGCUAGACACUUCUACUGUCUACAUUGUUACCACGGCUAUAUACAGUUAAAUACGGUCACCUCCAUGUUUGGCACUUUUGAUAAAGAUGAAUAAUUAUUUUAGCAAGUGAUGGAAAUACUGAGCUAGCUAUGUUGUAUUCAUGGAACAUUUGGCUAAUUAAACUAUAACUUGUAACUUUCAUGAUUUGAAAAUCAAGUUUGGGGUCAAGACAAAGGAAUUCCGAAAGUAAAAUCAAUUACCAAAUAUAUUGACUUUAGAGUUAAAAUGGUCAGAGAGGGGAAAAAACUUUCUCUGGACAGUCCAGGUUAAUAAAUAGGUAACUUAACCAAUUAGCAGAUUUAUUGUGUAUAUAGCAAGAAUCCUGUGUCUUGGCUCCAAAGCAAUGCAGUGGGUUAAAGAAAGUAACUCUAAUAUAAAACAAAUAAUAAUUAAUAUUAAAACAAACAAAUAAAUCCAAAUCCAUAAAUCUAGAAAUCCAAACAAAAUUCUAAAUAUAAGAUAUUAUUGACUUUGGCCUCUAAAAUAUCAUUGACUUUGGUCAAAGCCACUAAAUAUCCAUUAUAGAUAUAAAACACUUUGGUCAUUGUCACUGAAAUAUUUAAAGUAUAUUUUUCAGACAAUUCUACUGCAAAUAAUUUUCAGGAAAAAGUAUUAAAUGUAAUGUGCAUGGUGGAUACAAAAACAUAAUUUAAAAAAUUAUUUUGGGUAAACAAUAUUGCUCAGUAUUUGUAUUAUUUACUCAUAAACUGUCUGUUUUGCUCAUUUUUAACAAAAGCCAGUUCUUGUGGUUGUCUCUGGUUAGCUAGAUGUCUCUGGUUAGCUAGAUAUAUGUCUCUGGUUAGCUAGAUAUAUGUCUCUGGUUAGCUGGAUAUACGUCUCUGGUUAGCUGGAUAUACGUCUCUGGUUAGCUAGAUAUAGGUCUCUGGUUAGCUAGAUAUACGUCUCUGGUUAGCUGGAUAUACGUAUCUGGCUAGCUAGAUAUACAUAUCUACUUAGCUAAAUAGAUGUGUCUGGUUAGCUGGAUAUACGGCUCUGGUUAGCUAGAUAUACUGUAUGUUUCUGGUUAGCUGAAUAUAUGUUUCUGGUUAGCUAGUUAUGCGUCUCUAGUUAGCUAAAUAGAUGUGUCUGGUUAGCUAGAUAUACUCUAUGUCUCAGGUUAGCUGGAUAUGUUUCUGGUUAGCUGGACAUAUGUCUCUGGUUAUAGAUAUUUGUUUCUGGUUAGCUAGAUAUGUCUCCUGUUAGCUGGAUAUACUGUAUCUAACACUGAAGAAAUUACACUUUGCUACAAUGUUAAGUAGUGUGUGUAAGCUUGUAUAACAGUGUACAUUUGCUGUCCCCUCAAAAUAACUCAACACAAAGCCAUUCAUGUCUAAACUGCUGGCAACAAAAGUGAGUACACCCCUUAGUAAAAAUUGCCAAAUUGAGACCAAAGUGUCAAUAUUUUGUGUGGCCACCAUUAUUUUCCAGCACUGCCUUAACCCUCUUGGGCAUGGAGUUCACCAGAUCUUCAUAGGUUGCCACUCCUCCAGAUCCUCUUCCACUCCUCCAUGACAACAUCACAGAGCUGGUGGAUGUUAGAGACCUUCCGCUCCUCCACCUUCUGUUUGAGGAUG